UCACAAAGAGAUUUUAAAUCUGUAGCAAAAAAUAAUGAGUUGAUGACAAUGACAUUUAUUUUAAUUUUUGUAGUCACUAGUCAGUGCCCUUUGGCGUUAGAUGUCAAAAACUCGGAAAAUCACAUUUAGAUUUAACACAAGAUUCUGCUUUGCGGGGUUCAAAGAAAACAGAAAAAGCCAAAAUGUCUAUGUGGGCGACUAUUAACCGUGCAGUUUUUAAGAGAACUUCAACAUUUGCUUUAGUAGUAAUGGGUGGUACGUUCUUCUUUGAAAGGACUUUUGAAAUCGCCUCAGUUUCUAUAUUUGAAAGCAUCAAUAAGGGAAAAUUAUGGAAAGACAUCAAGCACAAAUAUGAGGAAUAAUUAAAAUAAACGCAAUACAGUCAUGUAAUAAUUUAUUAGAUAUUUGAAUAAAGGAAUCUUAUUUCGAAA